GGCCGCCGGAGGAAGCGGCCGGUGCAGCGGGGCAAACCCCCCUACUCCUACAUCGCCCUCAGGGCCAUGGCCAUCGCCAACGCCGCUGAGAGGAAGCUCACUUUGGGGGGCAUCUACAAGUUCAUCACCGAGCGAUUCCCCUUCUACCGGGAGAACCCCAAGAAGUGGCAGAACAGCAUCCGCCACAACCUCACCCUCAACGACUGCUUCGUCAAGAUCCCCCGGGAACCCGGCCAUCCUGGCAAGGGCAACUACUGGACGCUGGACCCGGCCGCUGAGGACAUGUUCGAUAAUGGGAGCUUCCUGCGCCGGAGGAAGCGUUUCAAGCGCACCGACAUCACCACCUACCCUGGCUACAUGCAAAACUCCAGCGCCUUCACACCUCCACCCGCCGGCCGCUCCGCAGCACAAGCAGCACCCUACCCCAAUGCCCUCUGCUCGCCCGGCUAUGGCCCCCAGCUCUCCGGCACUGUCUUCCACCCCUAUGCAGCUGGGGCAGCACCACUGGCGCAGCAUCCCAGGAUGUUCAGCAUCGACAGCCUCAUCAGCGGGCAGCAGGCCUUGCAGCCCUCACCACCUGCCGAGCUGGGCCACCCGUCGCUGGGCUUGCCUGGAGCUGAGCUGGCUCCCGCCUGCUCUGCUGGCAGCUCCGAGCCUUCCUGCUUCCAGGCGCAGCCUGUCAGCCCUGGCUUGUUGGGCCGGGCCGGCCCCAACACCCUGGCUUACCCAUAUGCUGCCUCACCCCCCCACCUGCCCGUGGCACAGGGCAGCUAUUCGCCUGGCAGCCCGCAGCUCUACGGGGCUCCCAACAGACUGGCCCUGCCGGCCAUGCGGCCCCCGGCCUGCACGGAGCACAGCGAGCAGCUCCUGGGGCUCUCUGCGUCGCCCCUCAGCCAGUUCAGCUCCAACAACGCCUACGUGAGGCAGCCCAAUUUCCCCGCCGGCUUGGAGCGGUACAUGUGA